GUUCUAGAUUUUAUGUAUUAAAAAAAAAAAAAGUUAAAGAGCUCUUUAACCUCAAGAGUCUAGAACGCUAUACUCUACAAAUCUAGGAUUCUAGAUAGAUCUAGAUCAGAUGUAAUCAUUGUCAAAUGUCCUCUGGAAUUGCUUUCAUAAGAAGGCAAGCUGUGUUUGAGAAGAUAUUAUAAUGGAUGCAGCUGUAAAAUUUUUUCGUCGUAAUGCAGUACUAAUUACUUGUGGAACAAUCUUAGUUGCAGUACACUGGGGGUGGUAUAAGAUUCAAUAUAACCAGAAAUUUGUGCCUAAAGAUUUGCAGAAAGACAAUAUCAGAGUAGGUGUCAUUCAUAUUCCAAAACCAGCAAUUGUGUCCAAAGAGGACGACUCUCCUAAGAAGUAGACAACAGUGCAUACAUAUUGUGAAAAUGAAUAAAAUUCCAAAACUGUCAUGGAAAGUAGCAUUGCAGAGUAUAUCUAAAUGGACUUAUCAAAAUAAAUUACUGUCUUUAAUUAUCAUGGUGACUGGGGCAGCUGUUGUGAGUGCUUACAUGCCAGAGAGUACCACUCCCACUGCAAGUGAUCGAACGAAAUGGAAAAUUGAGAAAUCUAACAAGGAUUAUUAGUUGUUUUUUUUAAAGAUUAUUUAUGUGUGUUGUGUAUAUUGAGAACUAUGGCAUCACAUUUGAUUAGCAUGUAGUGUGUAUGGAGAGAAUGGAGACAUCACAAGUUUCAACAUAUAAAACCUCACAACAGACAGUACUUAAGUUUUAUAAUCUGCUGAAAGCCUGUGCUGGACCAUUAGGGGCAUUUCAUAUGCUGCGCAAUGGCUGUGGCGGUCAUGUGACUUUGACAUCAACAAGUUCAAGGCUGAUUCCAGUGAUGUCCCUGUCUCGUCCAGAGCUGAAGCUAGUGGCAAGCUCUGUACAAUCUCACCUGAACCAAUAUGGUGACUGUGGCCUUUUCAUGGCCUGUUCUAGUUUAUAUCUCAUCAAAGCUUCAUUGCAGCUAGACAUUGAUGUGGCAACACUUAGUUCCCUUUAUGAAGUGUUUGUCCAAACAUUAGACACCUAUAUGACACUACCUGACAGUGAUCUAUGGAUAAAAGCAGACUUUACAAAACUUGAUGUUUUGAUAGCAUAUGUCAGAAGUGUUGUCAGGUCCAAAUCUUUUGCAACACUGAAUGACCAUGAGUGUGAAAACAUAUCUCAGCUCAUAGUCACAGCCUUUGUGGAAUCUAUUCCUUUGUCACAUGUGGUUGCACAAGGUCCUAUAUCUAAUGGUGUCUUUGUUCUUGGUCUAGAAAAAAGGCACAUUAAAGAGAGCUGCUUGCACCAUGGACUUAUUAUAGAGUAUUCUGAGCUGUCUUCCCUGAAAGGAAUAGUACAAUUGUCUGUGAAAACUGCUAAAGAUUUUGGUGUUGCUGGGGAUAAAACCUUAAUGAAUGUUUGCAUCAAAGUGGCCUUAGUUACAUGUUCACUGUCAGGGGAUUUGGAGGAGAUAAUUGAUGCAGUCUAUGAAGUGACACAAAAAAAUUGUGAUGAUCUACAGAACAUGAUCAUGGGUAGAAUGAUGGCUUUUUCAGAAGAACUUGAAAGGCUGAAUGUCGGCCUAGUGCUGUGUCAGAAAGUGAUUCACCCAGAAUUGAAAACUCUAUUCAGUUCAAAAGGAAUCUUGUAUGUAGAACGUACUGGAUUACAGAUAAUCCCUUACCUGCAAGAUCUCACAGGUGCAGAACCCAUUGCUUCAUUCAUCCAAAUAUCAGGCAUUCGUGAUAAAAUAGGUAAGGUGACAACAGUGGAGCACUUGAUUCUGGCAGAGAAGAGUUUCUUACUUUUAACUAGAACCCAAUCAUCAGUUGUCACUCUAGUUAUCUGUGAACAAUGGGAAGAGAGAUUGUCUGAAUUGAAGGCCUCUGUUAGAACAGUUCUAACUGGUCUUCAUUCUUUGGUUAAAGUACAGAAACUGUUGCCAGGUGGAGGAUGUUGGCAGAGUCACUGUGCUUAUCAGUUGAAAAGCAAAAUAACAACUAAAAUGAAGGAAAUUUCCAAAGAGGUCAGUUGCUCAAAUGGUCAAGUUUUGUCUGCAUUGUCAGUUUUUUUAGCCAGUCUUCACAACUGGGUCUAUGCCAUUCACAAAGAUCCAGUGCAGCUCCUAGUGGAUCCUGUGUCCUAUCAUUGUUGGAAGCUUCCAGAAACCAGUCUUUCACCACUUUCCUCAGAUUAUACACACUGCUGCUGUGGGAUGAAGUCUGCACCAAAAUCUUGUAUGGAAAAUUUUCCUAUUAUUCCAAGACAUGAAAGUGCAUCUUUUCAAAGUGUGGCAUUAGAUCAACCUGCAGAAAUUAUAAAUAAUUCUUUACAUCCUAAACUUGUGCUUGACAAUUACCUUGCAUCUAAAGAAGCACUCCUUCGAAGUGUAUUUACAGCUGGUCUUGUUCUCUCCAUAGAUACAUACAUUUUUGAAAAGUAUUAAUACUUUAAAAUUUUAAUGAAUAUUAUUGGAAAAAUAAUUAAUAGAAAGAGAGCUAUGAGUGGCAUGAUUUGUCUGGGUGAGCUUUAAGUCUAAAUGCCAUGUGUAUUUUUAGUGUUAGGUAGAAUUAGAACUCAUUUUUUUUAAAACAUGUAAAAAAUAUUUAUUGUUGAAACAUUGGUAUUUUGAGACUAUAUUGUUUGAUAAAGAUGAAGUGUUUUUUAAAUUGAUUUGUUGAAUAAAGUAUUUAUCAAUGCAA